AUGGCUGAUAGAAAAACAAUCAACAAGUACUACCCACCUGAUUUUGAUCCGUCCAAGAUCUUACGGGCCCCCAAAAGAGACCGUUCGGCAGCUGCGGUUCUGCCUACGGUGCGUCUUAUGGCUCCAUUUUCUAUGAGGUGCACGACAUGCGGCGAGUACAUUUACAAGGGCAAGAAGUUUAAUGCUCGCAAACAGCUUACUGGGGAUUCAUACUUGGGAAUCAAAGUGAUUCGAUUUUAUAUUAGAUGUCCGCGAUGUGCAAGUGAGAUUCGGUUCAAAACAAAUCCCAAGAACGCCGACUAUGCGACAGAACUUGGUGCUGUACGUAACUACGAAACAGUUGAUGACAAGGCCAUUGGUCCUGAAGAAACAUUGGAGGACCGGCUGGACCGGUUGGAAAAAGAAGAUGCAGAGGAACGGGCGAGAUUACAACGGCAACAAGAUUUGGCUUUAUCAAAACGUCCAACUGCAGAACCCAAACCUGAAGGUGCGGAUGCCAUGGAUCUGAUUGAAUCUCAGAUGGAGGCUACUCGAAGAGAAAUAGAGCAGGCUGAAGAACUUGAUGCGUUAUACCGCAGAAGUAAGGUUCUAGAUGCGCGUGCACAAGCAACAGAGUUAUUGGAUGGAGGGUCUGGGAGUAAGAAAGAAGGUCAUGAUGAUGAGGAUGAGGAGGAUGCCGAGGAAAGGGAUGCAGAACUGGCAAGAGAGUUGUUUAAAGCAAAGAGGGCAGUAGGAUCGGGCGGUAUUAAUGGGACUGGGACUGGUAUUGGAGCUUUGUCGUCGUUGACGGGACUUUUCAGUGGUCGGGUGGCGAAACCGGUGCGUAGUAAGAAGAAAAAGGGAGCCGUGCGGCAGGUGUAA